GAAUAUCAAAUUAUCUUAAAGAAAAAUGACUGGUCGUGGUAAAGGAGGAAAAGGUUUGGGCAAAGGUGGCGCUAAACGUCAUCGUAAAGUGUUGCGUGAUAAUAUCCAAGGUAUUACCAAACCAGCAAUUCGUCGAUUGGCUCGUCGUGGUGGUGUAAAACGUAUUUCUGGUCUGAUUUACGAAGAAACCCGUGGUGUUCUAAAAGUGUUCCUGGAAAAUGUUAUCCGUGAUGCUGUUACUUACACUGAACACGCCAAGCGUAAGACCGUCACCGCCAUGGAUGUAGUUUACGCUUUGAAGAGACAAGGGCGUACUCUUUAUGGUUUCGGAGGUUAAUUUCCUCUCGUUUAAAAACAAACAAUCGGUCCU